UGAUCUGAAUGCAAAAGGCUACCUUACUCAUCAAGAUUUCCUGCAAAAAAUGGGUGUGGAGAAUGUACCUUCUGACAGUGGUCUCAAUAAGCAGUUUUCAGCUGAUGACUACCGACACUUUUUGGAUCAUUACAAAAGAGAUGAAAAGAAGCACAUUGACAUCAAUGAAAUCAUAAAUAAGAUCAGAGAGAAGUAUCAUGAGUUCUCCCAAGACUUCCACAGGGCCUUCUUGCAACAGGAUAAACACAAAGAAGGCUGCAUUUCGGUGGAUAGCCUACGUAAGAUACUGGAAGACUUUCAAUGUAGCCUUGGCUAUGAACAGUACAGUGAACUCCUGUACAGUUUAGGAAUUAAUAUACACGAGAACAAGCUCUCAUAUUUUGAUUUCCUAAGACUUAUUGAUGACCGCGCAGCAUUCAGAUACAAGAAAAAACACACGGUGCCCCCCAUACCACCCAUCAGCUUUGUGCAACUCAGCAUAGAUGAAGCUAUGGCUAAAAUAAAACAGAUGGUUACGGAUUCUUCUGAUUUGCUGUACAAGGCCUUCUCUGCUUUUGAUAAGGACCAUACUGGGACAGUUUCAACCCUUGAGUUUCGGCAGGUGCUGCACCAUUUCUGCUUCACACUUUCAGAGAAGCAGUUUAGCCAUCUUCUGAAACUGCAGCGACUUCGUGGCGAACACGCCAUUGACUGGAAACAUUUUCUGCAAAAAUUCAACUUCCUCUCGGAGGCAGAAAGAGAGCAGACUCGAUUUGCUUGCCGGGAUCUAUCCAAUCAAGAGGUUUUGGCCCGCAUACAGGAGGUAGUGAGCGCCCGCUUCCAAGCCAUUGAACAGGAGUUUAAAAACGCGGAUAGCACAAAAACAAAUCUUGUGCCUAAAGAGGUCUUCAGAGAUAUCUGUAACCGACGGUUCUUGCUUCUAACUGAUGAACAGUUUGAAAAUCUCUGGAACACAGUACCUCUCGAUCUGAGUGGGAAAUUGAAAUAUUCUGGAUUUUUGAGGAACUUCAGCUCUGAAGGAGGAGGAAUGUCUGAUAUGACCAACGUGGAUCCCAGCAAACCACCUUUGGGUGGUGAACCUGAAUCACGGAUUCCUUUACGACCCAAAACAGCAACCCAAUCUCCAAAGAAGGUUCCAGGUGCCAGCAGGCCUAAUACAGCACCGGUUCCCACUCCACCUAUCCUGAAUUGCCAGCCAAUUGAAAGUAAAAUCCGCAAAAAUGUUCAGCACUGUUGGAAAGAAAUCCUGAAAGAGUGCAGAGAGAAGGAUGUGGAGCGCUCAGGAGAAAUCUCAGUGGAAGAUAUUUUAGGUAUAAUAGAGAAAUUCCAUUUGAAUUUAACCAAUGAAGAAAUCCAGCAGCUGAUAACAAAAUAUGAUUUGAAGAGUGUAGGCAAGUUUGCUUAUUGUGACUUCCUUCAAAGCUGUGUGCUGCUGUUUAAACAUCAAGAAGUACCUCCUCUGCAGAGACUUCUGAUCCAAACCUCACGGGUCCAGAGCAUCUCCGGACCACAGUCCCCUACCUUUCUCAAUGCAAUGAUGAGGAUUCAACCCCAGAUCCUGCACUGCUGGCGGCCAAUGAGGCGGACAUUUAAGUUCUAUGAUGAAAGCGGGACGGGCCUUCUCAGCAUCCAGGAUUUCCGACAGGUGCUGCGAAAAUAUGGAAUCAAUCUCUCUGAAGAGGAAUUUUUCCACAUCUUGGAAUAUUAUGACAAAAACUUAACUUCCAAAAUCUCCUACAAUGAAUUCCUCAGAGCGUUCCUGCAAUGAGAAAAAAAAGAGGGGGUUGAAGGGAAAUCACCCUUCAACUUGAAGAACCAUUAGCAAAAUGUAUUAAUUUUGAAGUUAAUAAAACCGAAUACAUUCA